GAGCCGCCGCCGCGGGCCGGGCGCUGGGUCUGCCCGGGAAGUCAGCCGGAUCCGCGCCCGCGCGCCCCCCGCACUCCGCGGGCCAUGGCAGCCGGCUGCCGGCAGGGACCAGACCUCUGAGACCCUCGCCGGAACCCGGGCCCCGAGACCAUGAAGAACGAUCGCGCGCGCAAGGCUGGAGGGCCCCCCAGGGACUUCGGCGCGGGACUCAAGUACAGCUCGCGACCGGAGGAGAGCAUGAAAGGCUUCGAGGAGGGCGUGGAGUUCCUGCCUGUGAACAAUGCCAAGCAGGUGGAGAAGCGAGGCCCCCGGCGCUGCGUGGUGCUGGCAGCCCUGCUGCUCAGCUUCCUCUUGCUCUCGCUCGCGGCGGGCCUGCUGGUGUGGCACUUCCAGUACCGCAACGUGCAGGUGCAGAAGGUCUUCAAUGGCUACCUGAGGAUCACAAAUGAGAACUUCCUGGAAGCCUAUGAGAACUCGAGCUCCGAGGAGUUUAUAAACCUGGCCAAGAAGGUGAAGGAGGCGCUGAAGUUGUUAUACCUCGAGGUCCCGGUCCUGGGCCCCUACCACAGGAAGUCGGCCGUGACUGCCUUUAGCGAGGGCAGCGUCAUUGCCUACUACUGGUCAGAAUUCAGCAUCCCCACAAACCUGGAGGUGGAGGUGGAGCGGGCCAUGGCGGAGAAGCGAGUGAUCACGCUGCCGCCCCGAGGCCGGGCACUCAGCUCCUUUGUGGUGACCUCAGUGGUGGCGUUCCCCACUGACCCCAGAAUAUUGCAGAGGACCCAGGACAACAGCUGCAGUUUCGCCCUGCACGCCCGGGGCAAGGAAGUGACGCGCUUCACCACCCCCGGCUUCCCUGACAGCCCCUACCCGGCUCGCGCCCGCUGCCACUGGACCCUGCGGGGCGAUGCGAACUCGGUGCUGAGCCUCACCUUCCGCAGCUUUGACCUCGCCCCCUGUGAUGAGCAGGAUAGCGACCUGGUCACGGUGUACAAUAGCCUGAGCCCUGUGGAGCCCCAUACCAUGGUUCGGCUGUGUGGCACCUACCCUCCCUCCUACAACCUGACCUUCCUCUCCUCCCAGAACGUCCUGCUCAUCACGCUGAUCACCAACACGGAGCGGCGCCAUCCCGGCUUCGACGCCUCCUUCUCCCAGCUGCCCAAGAUGAGCAGCUGUGGGGGCUCCCUGCGUGAUGUCCAUGGGACGUUCAGCACCCCCUACUACCCCGGUCACUACCCGCCCAACAUCAACUGCACGUGGGACAUCCAGGUGCCCAACAACCAGAACGUGAAGUUGCGCUUCAAAUACUUCUACCUGCUGGAGCCCCAUGUGGUGCUGGGCACCUGCUCCAAGGACUAUGUGGAGAUCAACGGGGAGAAGUACUGUGGAGAGAGGCCCCAGUUUGUCGUUAUCAGCAAGAGCAGCAGGAUCACAGUGCACUUCCACUCGGAUCACUCCUACACCGACACAGGGUUCCUCGCUGAAUACCUCUCCUAUGACUCCAAGGACCCCUGCCCGGGGAUGUUCACGUGCGGCACGGGCCGGUGCAUCCGGAGGGACCUGCGCUGCGACGGCUGGGCAGACUGCACGGACCACAGCGAUGAGCGCAACUGCAGCUGCAACCCCGCCCACCAGUUCACAUGCAAGAACAAGUUGUGCAAACCCCUGUUCUGGGUCUGUGACGGUGUGAACGACUGCGGGGACAACAGUGAUGAGCUGGCAUGCAAGUGUCCUGAGGGGACCUUCAAGUGCACCAGUGGGAAGUGCCUCCCGAAGAACCAGAAGUGCAACGGGAAGGACGACUGUGGCGACGGCUCCGAUGAGGCCUCGUGUGACACUGUGAGUGUUGUCACUUGCACCAGCCACACCUUUCACUGCCACAACGGGCUGUGUGUGAACAAGGGCAACCCCGAGUGUGAUGGCAAGAAAGACUGCGAGGAUGGCUCAGAUGAGAAGAACUGUGACUGUGGGCUGCGGUCGUUCACCAAACGAGCUCGGGUGGUCGGGGGCACGGACUCGGAGAGCGGUGAGUGGCCCUGGCAGGUGAGCCUGCAUGCCCUGGGCCAGGGCCACGUCUGCGGGGCCUCGCUCAUCUCUCCCAACUGGCUGGUCUCGGCGGCACACUGCUUUGUGGAUGAAAACAGUUUCAAGUACUCGGACCCCACCAAGUGGACGGCCUUCCUGGGUCUGCUGGACCAGGGCCAGCGCACGGCCACCGGGGUGCAGGAGCAUGAGCUCAAACGCAUCAUCCCACACCCCUCCUUCAACGACUUCACCUUCGACUAUGACAUUGCGCUGCUGGAACUGAAGAAGCCGGCGGAAUACAGCGCUGUGGUGCGGCCCAUCUGCCUGCCCGACACCACUCAUGUCUUCCCGGCCGGCAAGGCCAUCUGGGUCACAGGCUGGGGGCACACGGAGCAGGGAGGCACUGGGGCCCUGAUCCUGCAGAAGGGUGAGAUCCGGGUCAUCAACCAGACGACCUGUGAGGACCUGCUGCCGCAGCAGAUCACCCCGCGUAUGAUGUGCGUGGGUUUCCUCAGCGGGGGCGUGGACGCCUGCCAGGGCGACUCUGGGGGCCCCCUGUCCAGCGUGGAGGCGGAUGGGCGAAUCUUCCAGGCAGGCGUAGUGAGCUGGGGCGAAGGCUGUGCGCAGAAGAACAAGCCGGGCGUAUACACGAGGCUCCCUGUAUUUCGGACCUGGAUCAAAGAGCAGACUGGGGUGUAGAGACGGGUCCCCCACAUGACUCCAACGUGCACGCCUGUGGGGAUACCCAGCUGGCCAGCUACAGUCUGAGGACAGGACCCCUGGCCACAUCCCUGCUUUGGGCCCCUCCUCCCCCAGAACCCAGACUGCACACUCGCCUGCAAGCGUCCGAGUCCACCUGGAGAGCCCCAGCCUCCCUCAGCCUACAGGUGCGGCCCAGAGCCGGGGAGGAGGCGCCGAAUGCUGGUGCUGCCGGGCCGAAGGCUGGAAGAUGCGGCUCCCCGCUCCCGCCCAGCUGGGCGCGGCGCUCUUCCGCGGUGGUGCCCCCCAGCCCCAGGGAAGCUGUUAGGGACCUUCCCCGUGCAAGGGGUGGGGGUGCAGGCUCAGGGCUGUGGGGUCCUAGGUCACCCUGUUCAGGAAAUCGCAGCCUGCGAUUCUGGACUCUGGAAAACAGAGGAAUCUAAAAAUGGAUCUGUUUCACCAGCUCCCAGGGUGGCUUCCCUGUGUGCGUUUGUGUGUGUGAGUAAAACAUUGUAUUUCUUUUUAAUUACCUUUUUUUCUUCUGAAGUUGAGAGGUUCUCCUUCCUCCUAGCUCCAUUUGCAAGAAACCAGUCUUUUCCCCCUCCAAUCAGAUUUUAUUGGUACAUUUUAGAUAUACAUAAUGAUCACAUUCAUCAUACACAAUUUGUACCUCUAUCUGAUAUAACUUGUUUUGCAAGAAACUAGUCAUAAGUUCCUCUUAGGUGGGCCAGCCCUACUCUGUCCAGUGCCCUCAGCAGGAGGCCUGGAGGAAGUAGGUGGUCAUCUAUGACUGGCGUCACAGUGUGGUCCUGUGGCAGGAACAUCGGGGUCCCCAGGGCAUGCACAGGUGUGACUUCUCAUGUUGCACUAGGCUCUCGGGUGAGCAGCUCUGGGCAAGAGGGCAGCAGUCUGUGCUCUGAGAGGCCCCAGAGGGUUCCAGUGCAUGCUGGAGUUUGAGAAGCAGUUUAAUUUCCUGCUGCUCCAAGACUAUGGUGUCCAGACCAAAGUCGGCAGCAGUGCCUUUGAUCCUACGGUCCUGGGACCCUGCUGGGAUUUAGACUCAUUUGAACCCUGGAAAAUCAAUAAAGUGUCUUCCAAAAGACUGCAA